AUGGGGGGCGAGUAUACACCAGAUGUCAUGCAGUAUGGUUUUCUCUAUGAUGUCUUUACAGAGCUGGUACCGGCCGGUGGGAGCACUAUCAUAGAGGUGCUCGAUGAUAAAUCAUGUCCCAAAGCGCUCCGCUUAGGAUCUCGACAACUCGUUGUAGCCCACAUCCGCCUCGAACGAGCGGUCCGUCACCGACAACGGACCCACGUUCGUCAGCGGUCAGACGAGCUCAUCGAGGACCUCGAACACGAGCUCAGCGGUAUCGUGACCGAGUAUCUCCAUGUCCGCGUCACAUACCGUCACUCCGGCUUUCCUCACCAACCCAUGCGAAAACAGAGACAGGGUCAAAAUCAACGUGCGGUUGGGGGCCCGGUGACAGAGUGUGAUGAUGGCAUCGCAGGUAUUAAAACGACCAUUCAGACCACGGCUGUAGGGACGAUCAAGCGGCACAAUGCAGCAUCACCGUGGUGUCAACCACUGCCCCGGUUGUCGCCGGAACCCGGAAGUAGCCACUUUCUAGAGGUGAUUGCGGCUCACUGGGGUCCUGAUAAUGCGCAUGCUGUGAUGCAACGUGUAAUACGCUCGAAGCAGGCGCUCGUCAACCAUAGAAUCACUGGGUCGCCGCCUCUGUUGAGCAUGGCCUCAAAGCGGGGAGAUGAGAGUGAUACCGACGAGGUUGACCAGCACAACCUUGACCUCCCGGGUCACCGUCAUGAUAAACAGAAUCAUGUCCGCCGUAGUAAUCAUCAGGAAGAACCGCCCCUCCCUCAAGACGACGAAACCGAGACAAAGGACGAAGAGCUAAGCAUCGAAGGUCUUACACCACAACCUGCUAUUAAAAAAAGAGCCGGGCCUUUCUUACCUGUCCCACGACGACAGGCUAGUUUGAGUCACCUAAUUGAGCGUGAAUUGGCCGCCUCCCGUGGGGAAUCAAGUCCCAGUUCGAGCGAGGACAUAAAUAGAGAUCGGGAGCGGGCUACGGACGCCGGUGGUGUGGACGAUGGUGAUGGCGGGAGAUACAACGAAACCACCAUGGAUGGAGCGGGCGAUGACAAGGAGGUAAGGGUUCAGGGAAAUAUCCCUACCAAAGAGGACUUGAAAGAAACGAUACCACAAGGAACGAUACUCCGACGAGACAGCAACCCUGUUUCUCCUCUUCUAUCACACCCUCCCCCUCACUCUCUCCACGACCACCGUCAACACAGCAAGACCACGACCAGUAGAAGAAAACGGGUGGUCUCCUUCUUUCAGCCCUGGUCAUCGUCUGCUACUACGCUUGCAGGCACCCAGCGAUCGGGGGUCAUGAUGGACCCGCUUCCGCUGAGAGUGGAUAAGAAUUAUGUGGAGGGGAAAGAGGGGAAGGAUGAGGAGGGUGUUGGGGAUCAUUGUCAAGGUGGGGGAGCGGGAAAGCGUGCUGGUGGUGGUGGUAGCGGUGGUGGUGGGGUGAGGAGGAUUGCGAGUAGGAGUGUGAGUUUGAGGAUGAAAAGGGGGAAGGAAAAGGAGAAGGAGAAGGAGAAGGAGAGGGAGCGGGAGGAAGGGAAAGAUAGGGGUUGGGGUUGGGGAGGUUGGUGGUAG